AUGUGUAAAGUGGAAAUGCUGAGAGCGUUGCUGAAUGCGCGACUCGGUGCGGCCGUCGAAGAAGUCGUUGGAGUUUUUCAGAGGACGAUCGCAGAGUACGAGGAGGAACUUGGUCGAACUAAAGAGGAGAAUGAGAGACAGCGUCGACAACUCGCCGCUGUUUCCUUGCCUCAAGUUGACUUGCACGUAACAGACAACAGUGACAAAUUUCUUCCCCCGGGGCAGCAGGAUGACCAGUCCAGGCUGUACCUUGGUUUUUGCCCAAAUUCAGCUGGGAGAGAAUGCAGUUCCACCGCGAUCUUAACGAAGAUAAGCAGUAGAGAAAAGGGAUGGAUGGAUGAGCAGCUGAAGUGGAACUUCAGGUUGGAGCAGGAGGAGUUGGAACCCUACCAAGUUAAAGAGAUAGACUUGACUGCCGAUAUCACCAAAUGUCCACUGACUGGUGUCCCUGUGAAGACUGAAGACAGUGGUCCAAGGUUGCAGCUUCAUCCCGGUCAAAGUGAGGAAAAAAGAUGGGCGGAACCUCCUAGCAGCAACUCAAGGCAACACAUGACAACAGAAGGUUAUGGAGAACACUGUGGAGGAUUACAAGCCGAGAGCCUCUUAGCUUCACGAUCAGAUAGUGACAAUAGAACGCCGUACUCUAAAGACGAAAAUGAAGAACAUCUUGCCCCAGAGCAGCAGGACGACCAGUCCAGGGUGUAUCCCGCCUUUAGCCCAAAGUCUGCUGGGACAGGCUGUGACUCACCUGCCACCCUUAUGAGGAUAAGUGAUAUAGAAAAUGGGUGUAUGGGUGAGCAGCAGAAGUGGAACUUCGGGUUAGGGCAAGAGGAGCCAGAGACAUCCCACGUCAAAGAGGAAGAGAACGCUACCGUUAUCACCAACUGUUCGCUGACCAGUGUCGCUUUGAAGACAAACGAUAAUGACGACAACGGUCUGAGGUUCAAGCUUCAUCCCAGGCAAAGUGAGGAGAACAGAUGGGCCAAGCCCCCGAGCAGCAGCUCAACGCAAUGCAUGAAAACAGAAGACGAGGGAGACCGAUGCGGAGGCUCACGAGCGGACGGCCUCUUAGCUCCAGUCUCGCUUGACACUGUUGAUGAACACUCUAAAGGUGAUGUGACGUGCCACACCGACAACACACACUGGAAAUGUUCUCAGUGUGCGGAAACUUUUGGUGCCAAGAAAAAUCUAAGAAGACACAUGAUGCUCCACACGGGAGACCAGCCUGUCCGUUUCUCUCAUUCCAAAAUAGUCUCUACAAAGGGACAUUUGAUAACGCAUGCAAAAGCACACACUGGAAAGAAACCACAUUCCUCUAUUCGUGAUCAUUCAGCAUCGAUUAAUGGCAAGAAAAAAAACAAUGGUGGUGAGAAACCAUUUAAGUGCUCAGUGUGCAGUCAAACAUUUUCACAAAAGCCAAAUUUGAAGACACACAUGAGAAUACACACUGGAGAGAAGCCUUUUGCCUGCUCAGUGUGUGAUGCUAGAUUCACUCAAAAGAUUAGUUUAACACAUCACCUCAGAACACACACUGGUGAGAGACCAUUUUCCUGCUCGGUGUGCAAAAGUAGUUUUGCUUGUCCUGGGACACUUUGGAGGCACAUGAAAUUGCACACUCGAGUCAAACCAUUUGUCUGUCCGAAUUGUGGUCAAAGAUUUACUCGGAAAGAUUAUCUUAACAGACACAAGUGUGCUGGUGUUGCUGAUAGUGUUGGGAUUCACUGGCCUGAUUUUGGUGCAGCCAGUGCCGGUUCAGUUUCCACUCAGUGACAGUUGGAAUGUUUGUCACCACAAUUGUGAUUAGCGGUUAAGGAAAUAAAAUGGAAGUGUCCUGGUAAGAAAUGAAACUUUAGGAUUUUAAAUAAUCUGAAUACUUUGAGCGAGCCGAGUCGGUAGUACGUCUGCCUCACAGUUCUGAGGUUCUGGGUUUGAAUCUCAGCUCCAGUCUUUUUGUGUGGGGUUCUCCCUGUCCUUGCAUGGGAUUUACAUAAUUUACCUUUUUUUAAUGGUUUGUAUACAAAUACUGUAGUUAUGUCUCUGAAGUGCCUGUCCACCCAUCAAGUGUGAAAUAAAAAAAAAUCAAAGUGAA